AAUUUAAAAUUUAUUUUUUUGAAGAUUCGUCUGAUAGUUGAUGAUAUUUUUGAUCAGAAAGUUUUACAAUUCACUCCACGAUUAAAAUGGCUAGGAAAUUCUUUCUUUUUUGUUGGUGGUAUGCCUCAAACUUUGAGGCACUUAAUGCCGACAGAGCAUUUAUUACCUUUUCGUGGAUGCCUAAAAAAGAUAUUCUUUCAAUCGGGUCCUGUUGAACUAAAUUUAAUUCAAUUGGCAGAUCAAGGAUUUGGACAAUCUAAUGUCCAAACUUUUGGUGACCUUACAUUCUCUUGUAUGCCAAGUGCUCAAAAUGCUCCUUUGGUUUUCUCUUUUAAUAAUGGAAAUAAUUAUACUAAAUUACCUCCAUGGCGCUCUCCAUCCCGUGGAACUUUAGCCUUCCAGUUUCGAACAUUAGCCCCUGAUGGAUUACUUUUAUAUCAUGGAAUGGCACAAUGCAGGAACUUUACAAUUUGUGAUUAUUUGGCUUUUGAAUUAAUAGAUGGACAUUUGUUUAUGAUAGUAAAUCUCGGAUCUGGUGAUAUUCGACUACAGGCCUCUGCUAAAUCCCUGAACGAUGGCCUAUGGCAUAGCGUUGUUAUGGAAAGGGGUGGACGCAAAGAUGAACCAAUAUUCCUUGGAGCUGUUCCAUGGCCUGACGUGUUUUCUUUUAAUCAAGAAAAUGAAAAUAAUCUUCAAGUUGAAGCAGUAACAGUCAUUGAGAUGGAAGAACCUGCUGAAAUGAAAAGAAAUUUUCCUUCAUCCGUAAUUAAUUUUAUAUAUACUCCCUAAUUGAGCGGUAUUGGCUAAGGUUUUCACUUGCUUUAAAAUUGGCUCAAGCGAUGGGUAUGGUCCCGGGAGCUAGUCAAGAUCCGGUAGCGGCUGGAGUUGAGACCAUGAAAUAUCCGGGGAAAGAUCCAGGAUUAAAAAUGUCGGGUGUUACAAAAUAUUUAGCUCUAUUAUAGUAAGUGCCGUUCUAGUUGAGAUAAGUAGGUUUAUCAUACUUG